UAGCCAGAGUUGGUUUAUUUUGCACUUAAGAACCCUCGCAAUAUAUCCUCUGAUCUAUUUGCAGUUUUAAUCUCAGGAUGGAAGCAUAUGGGAGGCGAAUGGGGAUCACUAAUCCUUCUCAUGCUGUUAGGGGGAAACACAGGUGUGAACACAUUGCUUCUGGGGUGCUUGUGUGUGUUUUAAAUACGUAUAUAACAAUCUUACUGAGAUACAAGUCACAUACUAUAAUAUUGACCCUUUUAAAAUAUAGAAUACAGUGGGUUUUAGUAUAUUCGCAGAGUUUAGCAAUCUUUAUUCUGGUCGUUAGUUUUUGUUUUGUCUUAAAGCUCCUUUCAAGCGUUUCUUCAGACCCAAGGGACUACUCGGAAUUUACAAGACCUACUCCUGUCAUGGCCUUUACACGGAGCAAUUCCAAGGGUUUCCUUUAUAAAUAACGUCGUAUCUCCCUAAUAGGAAGACGUCUGAGUAAGGUCACUUUUGGUGAGACAUUUACAGUCUCUCAUCUCUACGCUCACUCAAUUCACCUAAUUUAAUUCAAGCAGCUCACUCAUUCGCUCACUCAUCGCAGACCCCGCCUCGGGACUGGGCCUCCCUGAUUCGCUGGGGCCGAGUGACGUCCUCAGAUCGCGACCCUGGGAGUGGAGUGGGGGCAGCGUGGUUAUGUGGCUGGACGGCCGCGGAUGGCUCAGGGUUCUCGGACAUUGGCGCUACGACCUUAGGCGCCCUAGCUUUUCCAGGACUUGGAGUGGCUAUAAGGGCCCAAUGGCAGAAACAGUGUCUACCCAGGUUGGGACAGAGGGCGGGCUGAGGGCUUCGCAUCAGCAAAACGGUGACGCUGGUGGCGACGCGAGGGUUGAGCCGUCCCACGGGCCCCCGAAGCCGGCUGGCCGGGAAGUGGAGCCGGCCCCAGUAGGCGGGGAGCAUACCUCGGCUGCAGCCCCGGGCCCGGGCAAGCAUAAGAAGCGGCGGGGCGCAACCAGGGAGCGUGUCGUGCCGCCCCCGAAGAAGCGGCGGACCGGGGUGAGCUUCGGAGAUGAGCACUUUGCAGAAACCAGUUAUUACUUCGAGGGCGGCCUGCGUAAGGUGCGGCCCUAUUACUUUGACUUCCGGACCUACUGCAAAGGUCGCUGGGUGGGCCACAGCUUGCUGCACGUCUUCAGUACCGAGUUCCGAGCUCAGCCCCUGGCCUACUAUGAGGCCGCGGUCCGGGCGGGCCGCCUGCAACUCAACGAGAAGCCGGUGCAGGACCUCAACAUCGUGCUCAAGGACAAUGAUUUCUUGCGGAACACAGUGCACAGGCAUGAGCCACCAGUCACAGCAGAGCCCAUUCGCCUGCUAGCUGAGAACGAAGAUGUGGUGGUUGUAGACAAGCCUUCCUCCAUUCCCGUUCACCCCUGUGGCCGCUUCCGACACAACACAGUUAUCUUCAUCCUAGGCAAGGAGCACCAACUCAAGGAGCUACACCCCUUGCAUCGGCUUGACCGCCUUACCUCAGGGGUGCUUAUGUUUGCCAAGACAGCUGCAGUCUCUGAGAGAAUUCACGAGCAGGUUCGGGACCGGCAGCUGGAGAAGGAGUACGUGUGCCGGGUGGAAGGGGAGUUCCCCACUGAGGAAGUGACCUGUAAAGAAUCCAUCUUAGUGGUGUCUUACAAAGUAGGCGUGUGCCGUGUAGAUCCCCGGGGCAAGCCCUGUGAGACAGUGUUCCAGAGGCUAAGCUACAAUGGCCAGUCCAGUGUGGUACGGUGCCGGCCACUCACAGGCCGCACACACCAGAUUCGAGUCCACCUUCAGUUCUUGGGCCAUCCCAUUCUCAAUGACCCCAUCUACAACUCAGUUGCCUGGGGUCCUUCCCGAGGCCGGGGCGGCUACAUUCCCAAGACAAACGAGGAAUUGCUGCGGGACCUGGUAGCAGAGCACCAGGCCAAACAGAGCCUGGAUGUGCUAGAUCUCUGUGAGGGUGACCUGUCCCCAGGACUCACAGACUCUACGGCCCCCUCCUCAGAGUUGGGCAAGGACAACCUGGAAGAGUUGGCUGCAGCUGCCCAGAAGAUGGAGGAAGUAGCUGAGGCAGCCCCUCAGGAGUUGGACACAAUAGCCUUGGCAUCAGAGAAGGCAGUUGAAACAGAUGUCAUGAAUCAAGAGACAGACCCACUCUGUGCAGAGUGCCGGCUGGUGCGACAGGAUCCUUUGCCCCAAGACCUUGUGAUGUUCCUACAUGCCCUACGCUAUAAAGGGCCAGGCUUUGAGUACUUUUCACCAAUGCCUGCCUGGGCACAGGAUGACUGGCAAAAAGACUGAGGGGUGUGGCCAAUGGAGGGAUUGCUUCUUGGGUUGUGACAAGGAUGGGCUAUAGGGCAAGGGCUGACCCCAUGGGCUAGUACUUGGGGUUUCUAUAGGAAUGAGGAUGGGCUUCUAAAGAGACCUGCUCAUACUUGCUACCUCCUUUCAGUGGGAAUUUGGAGACUUUUUGGUUUGUAAAUAUAUCCCUUUUUCUAACA